AGGAAGUAGCUCCAAGUGGCGUGUGAGCGGCUUCUCUCUCAUUUGUUUAGGUUUGCCUCGAUAUUAAAAUACGUUUCGUUCACUUUAACUCCCGCGAAAGAUGAACACCGGCGUCCUGGUGUGUGGAGGCUGUGCGGUGUAAUGCGCACGGCAUGCUGACCCAGCUCUCUUCGGAACAAGGACGGUCCAGACACAACUCACACUAAUGCUGAUGAUCAGUCCAAGAAUGGCCGCAGGAAUGCAAGAGAAACAGUACACGCCGUCCCUUCUCAGCUUUUUCAUUUACAACCCUACAUUUGGACCCCGAGAAGGAGAGGAAGAGAAGAAGAUCUUGUUUUACCACCCCUGUGAAGUAGAGAAGAAUGAGAAGAUCCGGAACGUGGGCCUUUGCGAAGCCAUUGUACAAUUCACCAGAACGUUCUGUCCAACAAAGCCAGCUAAAUCCCUUCACACACAGAAGAACAGGCAGUUCUUCUUUGAGCCAGAGGCCAAUUUCUGGAUGAUCAUGGUGGUGCGAAAUCCAAUGGUUGAGAAGCCCAACAAAGAUGGGAAGCCUCCAACAGUAGAAUAUCUGGAAGAGGAAAUACUUGACACGGUGUAUGGGGCAGUGUUGAGACAGUGUUACAGUAUGUAUAAGCUCUUCAACGGCACAUUUGGGAGGGCAAUGGAAGCCGGUGGGGUGGAGCUGCUCAUUCAGAAGCUGGAGAAGUUUUUCUACAGGUAUCUACAGACGCUCCACCUGCAGUCCUGUGACCUACUGGACGUGUUCGGAGGAAUCAGCUUCUUCCCUCUGGACAAGAUGACGUACCUGAAGAUCCAGGCUUUCGUCAACCGAGUAGAGGAGAGCCUCAGCCUGGUCAAAUACAGCGCCUUCCUGUACAAUGACCAGCUCAUCUGGAGCGGACUGGAACAGGAUGAUAUGAGGAUCUUGUAUAAGUAUCUGACCACCUCGCUGUUCCCCAGACAUGCUGAACCAGAGCUGGCUGGCAGGGACUCUCCUUUGAGGCCAGAGGUAGCGGGGAAUCUGUUGCAUUAUGGGAGGUUUUUGACCGGUCCCGCAAACCUCAAAGACCCAGAGGCCAAAUUUCGAUUUCCCAGAAUAUUUGUCAGAACAGAGGACGGCUAUGAGGAGCUGCAUCUGAUUGUCUACAAGGCCAUGAGUGCGGCGGUUUGUUUCAUGAUCAGUGCCUCGGUGGAGUUGACCAGGGCUUUCUGUGAGCAGUUGGAUGGGUUGGUGGGGCCUCAGCUCACCCUGCUGGCAUCUGACAUUUGUGAACAGUUCAACAUCAACCGCCGGGUGUCGGGGCCAGACAAGGAGCCCCAGUUUAAGUUCAUCUACUUCAACCAUAUGAACCUGGCGGAGAAGAGCACCAUCCACAUGAGGAAGACCGCCAGUGUCUUCUUCACCUCCGUCCACCCAGACCUCAUGAAGAUCCUGGGAGACAUUAACUGUGACUUCGCCAGGGUUGAUGAGGAUGAAGAAAUCAUAGUGAAAGCCAUGACGGACUACUGGGUGGUGGGUAAGAAGUCUGACCAGAGAGAACUGUACGUCAUCCUGAACCAGAAGAACGCUAACUUGAUUGAAGUAAACGAGGAAGUGAAGAGGCUUUGUGCGACCCAGUUCAACAAUAUAUUCUUUCUGGAUUGAUGGAGAUUUCCGAGAUGUGUAGGAGAAGGGGAGCGGCGUUCAGGAGCGACACCGGGACUGUUUGACUGCACUAAAAACUGUCAGCGCCGCAGGCUGUCAUGCCUGGCAAGAUGCAUCGGCACUGCAAAGGAGAAAGAAGCUUCAGGCUUUGUUUUUUUAAGGAUUUUUAUUUAACCUAUACAAACUGUAAUAUCUCUUGUAAUUAAGUGUAACAUCAGAAUGUUGCUGUACAUGUCCCUGAUUUGCGUUGGUGUUACUUUGUACAUACAUUGCCUUGUAUGGGUUUGUCAACUGUUUAUUUUGGCUUCAGCUGUUCAUCGUGUCUUUUUCAUGGACACACCUGACACAACGAGGUCUGGGUUAAUUUCAGACUGGACAUGCUUACAAUACAUGUAUUUUUUCAGAUUAUGUUCAUGAUCUUGUAUAGAUUUGGAAUAAGAUGCCAUUAUGUCUUAACUAUUGUAAACAGCUGGCCUAACUUUAAAUAAAUU